AUGGCCGCCAUCGCUAUGGGCGCGCAGCCUUUGCGCAUGACCUCCCUCUUUCCCCGGAUCUCCGCGCCAGCUUUCACCCAGACGUCAAGGAUAUUCUCCCUCUACACGCGUCAAGUUACAAACUCCUUCCUUCCGGCGCUCUCCUUCGCCCUGCCGGCAUUCAACCUCAACGUACCUGCGUGGCUCGGCGGCAUCUGGGAGUCCAUCUUGAGGGCAGUGCCCAAGAAGAAGACUUCGCACGCGAAGAAGAGACACAGGCAGAUGGCAGGAAAGGCGCUCAAGGACGUCAAGUCUCUGUGCAAGUGCCCGGGUUGCGGCCAGAUUAAGAGACAGCACAUCGUGUGCCCACACUGCCUAAGCAGUACGUAUCCCUCCACCGCCUUCUGA